AUGGAAAUUGUAAAUUCCGAGAGGAGACACGUACUCAGAAAAACCAAAUAUGGUAAAGUACGAGGAGAGAUAGAAACUUUAUCGAAUGGAAAACGUAUUGACAGAUUUUUGGGAAUUCCCUAUGCUAAGCCACCAGUCGGUGAACUCCGGUUUGAGCCCCCGGAGCCACCUGAAGCGUGGGAGGAUGAAGUGUUAAAUGCCUAUGAUCUGCCCCCGGCCUGUGCCCAACCCGAGAUGGGCGUGAAUUAUAUUGGUUAUUAUGUACCGGGUUUUAAUACAACCAGCGAGGACUGUUUAUAUCUUAAUAUAUAUACACCCAAGAAACACAACCAUUUUAAAGGAUCCUACCCAGUGUUGGUGUUUGUACAUGGUGGAUCAUAUCAUAAUGGAAUGGGCGCCAUGUUGGAAGGGGGUUACCUGGCUUCUUAUGAUGUCAUAGUCAUCACCUUUAACUACAGACUAGGUCCUUUAGGAUUUCUGACGUCAUAUGACAAAGAAUUGCCUGGGAAUUAUGGUAUGCUGGACCAGAUCCAAGCCUUGAAGUGGGUCCAGGAAAAUAUCCACAAUUUUGGCGGUGAUCCAAACCGGGUUACAAUCGAUGGUCACAGUGCUGGAGGGUGCAGUGUGGGAUUGUUGAUGCUUUCACCCAUGGCUAAAGGACUGUUCCAGAAUGUUAUACAGCAAAGUGGAUCCCCCUUUGCACACUGGGCCGUACACCACAGACACAAAAGUCUCGGAUUCUACACUAAGAUGUUUAUGGCGUCAGUCGGCUGUCUCAUGAACUCAUCUAAAGAAAUUAAAGAAUGUAUGAAAACCGUUUCUAAAGAAAAAAUGGAAAAAGUUAUAAGAGACAACGAGAUGCCGGUGCCAUUAGAUCCAGUAUUUCGACCAGUUGUUGAUGGUUUGUUCCUACCUGAUGUCCCAGAAAAACUCGUGAAAACAGGAAAAAUCAACGGGAAGAAUUUUUUAACGGGAGCGACAAGAGAUGAAGGUCUUACAGCUGCAAGUUCCCGUGUGAAGAUGUUUGCUGUUGGUCAACAACAAUUGAUAGGUCUUGUCAACUGCUUCAGUGGUGAUUUACCCAAGAUAGAAGGCAUAAUGGAAACGGUAAUGGAGCAGUACUCACAGUGGCCGAUAGAAGUCACAGAAGAACAGCUCAUGUUUCGCUUUUCAGAGAUAGUCGGAGAUUAUUUUAUUGUAGCCCCGACCUAUAAAGCGGCCAGUAUUUUAUCUAAAUCUAAUGUAACAGUCUAUGUUUAUAAUUAUGAAUAUAAAUCUAUCUGGGGUCAGUGGAAAGGUGUCGUACACGGGGCAGAAAUGUUUUACCUGUCCGGUUAUCCCAUCAGGAGUCACCAGAAUUUUCGAUAUGACGGAAUGGAUAAAGAAAUGUCGAGACAACUCAUGAAGAUCUGGGCUAAUUUCGUCAAGAGUGGAACUCCAUCGUUACUUCCGGAGAGUGAUUUUCAUAUGGCUCGAUAUACUGACCAAUAUCCUCUGUAUACACGGUUCUAUUCGGCAGAGGACGGUCCUUACAUCUCCACUGAAACUAAUUUCAAAACAGCAAAACUUUCUUUUUGGAACGAAAAAGUUCCUCAGUUAUAUAAGGCACAAUAUGAACACAUGUUUAACAUAUCUGUGGAUACGCGGUGCACUCGAUCCGGACGUUACGUCACAUAUCACAAUUCAAAUAGUUGGAUCUUGAUUGCGGUGUGCAUUGGUUUGUCUGUGAUAACAGUCCUUUUGUCCGUUUGUUAUUGUCAGAUGCGCAGACAAGUGAGUGUAUUAAUACGCCAGAGUAGUGUAUCCAGUGGUGAACGUAUGUUGUGA